AUGGAUGCACUGGAGAACAACACUGUCCCGGAGCAGGUACCCAGACAAGCCCCAGUCAUUCUCAUCACUGGCACUCCCGGAACCGGCAAAUCAACUCAUGCCCAGCUUCUAGUCGAGCAGGCUCCUGUUCCGCUCAAGCACAUCAAUGUCGGCGAGCUCGUCAAGGAAAAGGGCCUGCACCAAGGUUUCGACGAAGAAUGGCAGUCAUACACCGUUGACGAGGACAAAUUAUUGGACGAGCUUGAGCCGGUCGUUACGCAAGGCGGCUUUAUCCUAGAUUGGCAUACAUGCGACUUGUUCCCAGAGCGAUGGAUCGAUCUAGUUGUCGUUCUUCGAUGCGACCAUACCCAACUCUGGGAACGACUUGAGAAAAGGAACUAUCCCUUGAAUAAGAUUCAAGAAAAUAAUGAGGCGGAGAUUAUGCAAGUUGUUCUUGAUGAGGCAAGGGAAUCAUAUGCAGAAGAGAUCGUCAUUGAACUUAAAAGCGAAUCAACGGACGAUUUGGAGAGUAAUGUAGAGCGCCUCGUGGAGUGGGUGCGAGCAUGGCGGCGAAAUCAUGGUUUCAAGGAUGACGCCACCCCGCCUCAGUCUACGACAUGAAACACUUCUUGGGUAUAAUCCCUUAGAGUUUGGAUGCUCUUCACAUAAUGAAAUGAAAC